AUGGAGCGCAGCGCCGAGUACUUGGUGUGGAUCUGCUUGUCGUCCACCGACCAGAACCGGUGGAACAUCAGGUUCUUCUCGUACCUGCAGCCCGCGCGCGAAGCCGCGACAGGUAAGCUUACAGGAGCGCUCAUCUGCGUCGGAAUGCUGACGAGGAAGGUUAGACGGAGCCCCCGGGGCAGGAAAGCCAGGCGCCUGCCCAAGGCCGCGUUGCGUCCGAGCAGAAUCGACUUUCUUCAAACGUGCCAGUGCCCAGGGAGGCCAGCACAUGAGCGUGUGCCAUCCGCCCUAAACCCUCGUGCCACCAGAUACCCUGUGCCACGAGGACCGAGCCUGGCGCCUUUGCUCGUCCAGGAGAGUCGCUGCCUGAGCUGGAACGAAGCUCUGCUGAAGUUAUCACCGCGACAUGAGCGAACAAGGUCGCCCCGAGCAGGAGCGUCAGCCCGGGGCAGGCCACCCGAAUGCCUCGGAGCACUCCCCGCUCUCUGCUGACGGCACUUCCCCGGAAUGUCUCAGCUCUGCACCGACCUUAUCUACGGACUCCUUCGCUACUAACAAGCGUUCCAGAGAACGGGCGUCCUCAAAGGGUUCCUCCGGCCGAUCUCGCAAACGUACUGCACACAGGAUUCUCGGACUUCUCUCCCAGAACGCGAAGCGCCAGGACGAGUCGGCGAGGAACGAGGACAGCUCGAAAAAGGACAUCUCGUCUACAGACUCGGCAGCAAGGAACACCUCGGCCACUAGCCUCUCGGUGAAGGACCUUCCACCCACGGACCUCUCGGCAAAGAAACUCUCAGCUGCGGACAUGACGGAAAAGGACCGAUCCGCAAAGAACUUGUCGGAAAAGAACCUACCUGCACAAAGCCUUUCCGCAAAGGACCUAUCGACAAAGGCCGGCACGACAGUGGUUCAGGACCUCUUGUCAAAGACGACCUUUUCUAAGGACGUCUCGACAAAGGACCAGUCGACAAAGGACCUCGCGGCGAAGGAGAGCACGGUGAAAAACGCUUCAGCUGAUGAUCUUUCGCCUCAGAAAAGCUCGGAAAACAGGGGCUUAAUUCAACAUGUCUUGAGAAAGCAUCUGACGACAAAAGAGCCUUUGCCAAAGGACCUAUCGAUGAAGGACCUAGCGGUGAAGGAAGGCGCGGUAAAUGACCUUCCGGCACAGGAUAGGUUGGCAGAGAAGGCCUUGGCUAGGGACAUUACGACAAAUUCUGCGGCGACAGAGGACUUGGCGGUGAAGGAGAUCUCGGCAACGAAGGGCCCAGCUAGGAACCCUUCGGCAAAGGACGUUCCGAAAGCGCACAUGGCGGCAAACCAUAUGUCAGAGUGGGUCCAUGGGCAUAGCGACAAUGAUGCACCAGGAAAUGCUGCCAGCAACGCUUCGCAAGGGCAACCCCACGUGACCCCGGAGCAGCGUCACCCCCAGGCCGCGCUGUCUUUCUCUUCCCCGAGCUCUACGUCACCGCGGAACUCGACCAACUCGACCUCACCGCUGAGCGCAGCGGUCGGCUCAGCUUCGAGCUCGUCGCCGGAUGUCAACCCACUGGCUGACCAGUUGGCGUUGAGCGUCCUCAAGGGCCGAGGGCUUCCGCUGCACCCUAGCCAGCUGCCCCUCAGCCCCAUGCUGGAGCGAGAGCCCCUGCGCAAGAACCGGCGCGUGUCCAUCCUCCUUCGACCCAUCGUCGACUUCAUCUCGCCGCGGUACCGAUCGUCGUACUCGCCGGCUGGCCGGCAUCCUCCCGGUGGUGCUUUGAGCCUGUCGUCGGAGCCACCGCAUUGGUCUUCCCUCGAUGACGUCGACGUGCGGCUCAGCCGAGGCCCGUCGCGCGGGAGGCGUGCUUCGUGCAUUCGUCAUCCGAGGAAGCCGCAUCGCCGGGGAUCGAGUGUCAGCCUGACAGAUUGUCCAGGACCCCCACUGAGCAGCGCCAACGACCCAUCCUCGGCGGACAUCGAGGACGAGGGCCACUGCACCAGGGGUGUCAUGGUGCUCGUCUCUAGCGCCGGCCUGUUCGUGGUGCGCGCACUGUGCGUGUUCGUGUUGCAGCAGAUGCUGCGCAAGCCGUACGUCUCAGUGCCCGUCGUGUGCGCCACGGAGGACUGCGUGAUGCAUGCGCGUCGCAUUCUGCGCACGCUCGACGCGUCGGCGAACCCGUGCCUGAGCUUCCACGCGUACGUCUGCGGAGCCGGAAGCGGUGACGCCAGCGAUGACGUGCAAGCGACGACGGCGCCGUCUGCCAAGGGGGCGAGUAACUACACUGGGGAAGCUGGUGACGGCCUUCUUCGACACAUCGACCCGGCACGAAGGCUGGCCCGUGCCUACGCCCGCCAAAUCGUUGCGCCGAAUCUGCUCUCGGGAAACGGGAACUCGUCCACGGCCGCCAAGGCCCGGGCGGCCUUGGCCCUUUGCCUGAGCAGGGGAGUCGGAAGGCGUCCCACAGCUCCGUUGCGGUCUUUCAUGCGGCAACGAGGCCUCGAGUGGCCCACUCUGUUCCGUGGCCAGGCCACACUCGUCGGCGUGCUGCGCGUGCUGCUCGAGUUGUCCGUCCAGUGGAACGCUGCGCUCUGGUUCGACGUUCGAUUCCGUCCCCUGGAGCUGCGCGCCAACGUGGAGGGACCCGUAAUCGUAUUGGGCGAGCCCGGUCACGUGCCGCUGCUGCGAUUGGAGCAGGUCGGUUGCCUUGACGACCCGGCGUACGACAGCACCGCGCGCGCCCUGGCCCGGUACCUGUCGAACGGCGACGCCGGUCAAGGCGCCGGCGACACUGAGGACCCUUUCGAGGAUGUCGCGGCGCUGGAACAACUCAAGCGCGACGAGAAGGCGGUUCGCGAGGCAAUCCUGCUCGCGCUGAGUGGCGGAGACGAUAUCGACGACCGUUUCGUGCCGCUGAGGGACUCCGGGUACGCCCUCUUUGAGGGCGUGUCGUCCUCGGACUGGACGUCGCUCCUGGUCGAGCAGCUGGGUGUCACAGCGGCGCAAGGUGACGGCGGGAACGCUAGCCUCGACACGACGCUCCUGGUGCUCAACGGGCGGCUGUUUGCCGGGCUGUCGAGGCUCGCUGUCGACAUUCCGGCCGCCAGGCUCUUGGACGUUGUGGGCUGGAUGUUCGCCUAUUCGUACGCCUGGAUAGAGAACCGGCUUUUCGACCAAGUACCCCCGCCGUCCGUCACGGACGGUACUGUAGUUUCGGAGCCCGACCUGACCGCCCGAAUCCUCUGCUACGCUGUCGUUCUCGAGUCGUUCGGCGUCGCCCCGCUGGCGCCGCUCUUCGCGCGCAUGUUUCCGCCCCGGGAACGCGCCAAGGUGACCGCAGUGCUUAACGCAACCGCACACACCCUGGUCGAGGCCGUGCGAUCAUCUCUGGGCCUCUCGAACGCCACCAAGAACAGGGCCGGUGCCAAGAUCAGGGCGCACACGCUCCAAGUUCUGUGGCCUCCGCCACCGUUCCUCAGUCCGGACCUGCUCGACACCCUGUACUCGCGGUACCCUUCCACGCAGCCGCGCACCUUCUACGAGUCCUGGCUUAUGUCUCGCAUGGCGCAGAGGGCAUCGCUGGUGAGACCAUACUACGGGACCCUCAUGACCCUGCUGAGGUGGUACACCGAGGAGAUCCUCUACGUGUACUCGCUCAACCACAUAGCCCUCGGUCUGGCCGCCGUGUUUCCGCCGUCCUACCACCGGCGCGGUUCUCAGACCAUGACGUACGCUGGCAUCGGGUUCCAGUUCGCCCGCAAGUUGGUCAGCUGCAUCGACUGGCGUGGAAGGUUCCACGACUACGACGGUGCGAGCACGGCCUCGACGUGGUGGGAGCGCGAAGACAGUUCGGCGCAGUGCCGACUCGACAAGGCCCGGUCUGCGCACGAAGCGAGAGCCAUCGGCGACUUGUUCGCCCUCGACGUGUCUUUGGCGGCGAUGAAGAGCGUCUCGGACGCUUCGCCGCUCAGGCUCAAGCUGCUGGAGAAGCUGACCGCCACGCAGACGUUCUACGUCAGCUACUGCAGCCGCUUCUGCGGCGACCCGGACGCUCGCGAGAAGUGCGACCUCGCCAUGAACGGAUCCGAGUUUCAGGCGGCGUUCGACUGUCAGUGGCGGGUGUUCGAUCGCGGCUGCCUUUUCGUCUAGUCCCGAUGUUUGAUUUUGCGGUUUCUUUACUUACUAUUUUCGUUUCGUGUGAUAGUUGACUUUCCUGGGGCGGAAGGCACGUCCGUGUCGGCAGGUUUGCGAAGCCAUUAUUAGCGAACCCUCAAGUGCUCUAUUAGGGACUGCAAAUUAACAGCUUAUCAAUCCCUCGACAGACCAUUACUAGAGCACGCCUCAGAGGUAUGGGCACCGUACACUGCACUUGACAUUAGUAAGCUUGAAGCCAUACAAAGGAAAGCAAUACGGUUCAUUUUUCGCCAAUAUGACCGCAAUUUUUCUCCCUCAUCUCACGCAUGCGCAUUAUCGAUAGAACCCUUGGCUCAUCGACGCACGCUUUAACGUAUCACUUUGCUACAUAAGAUUGUACACGGCCAAAGUUGCAUUCAUGCAUCGAUUUCCUUCAAUCAUCCCACUGGGCGUGCCACGCGCCGUUCCCACCCACUUAAUGUUGUUCCUUUCCAGUCUUUUGUCAAUUGUUUUAAGUAUUCCUUUUUUGUCCAAGCGCUGUUGAAAUUUGGAACAACCUAGCUGCUUCCUUGCUGGGAAAACCGAAGGAAGAGUUUUUGAAAGAAUUGUCUAACCACA